CUCCUCCUCCUCCCUCUCCGCCGCUUCCACAGCGCUGCAGGUUGAAUCCAUUGCCCCAGUUUCCUGUCACAUGGCUUGGAAAUAGGAUCCCUGCUUUCUACUAUCUGGUCCCGUCUUUGCGGUGUCACAGUAGUAGCGGCUGGAGGACCCGCGCUGAAGUUCCGGGACUUUUAACGCCGGCCACACAUCGGCUCGUGCACAGAGCCAGACCGUCCGUCCGUCCGUCCGUCCGCCGGUUGCGCAUCCGUCCCUCCGUCCGUCCGUCAGGCUGCACUUCACCUGAGAGCUGCUUCUGACUCUUCGGGCGCACGAUGGAUUCCUGGACGGCCACCGCCGCGCUCCUGCUCCUCGGGGCUCUGUCUGCUGCGGCGUUUACUCAUUUCGACACCGAGUGUUACACUGCCAACGGAGAGGACUACAGGGGUUUCCAGAACCAGACCAGUCUGCACGGUGGAAAACCCUGCCUCUUCUGGAACGAGACCUUCCAGCACCCUUACAACACCCUCAAAUAUCCCAACGGAGAGGGCGGUUUGGGCAGCCACAACUACUGCAGGAACCCCGACGGGGACGUUCAGCCGUGGUGCUACAUUGCAGAUCACGAAGACGGGAUCUACUGGAGAUACUGCGACAUCCCUACGUGCCAAAUGCCUGGGAACUUGGGCUGCUUCAGAGACAGCGGCGACCCGCCCACCCUGUCCGGGUCCAGCGAGACCUCCAACAAACUCACCAUCCAGAACUGCAUCAGCUUCUGCAGGAAGCAGAAAUACAAGCUGGCCGGCAUGGAGUCGGGCUACGCCUGUUUCUGUGGCAACGAGGUGGACCUGCGAGACCACGGCGAGUCGCCCGGCAUGGAGUGUAACCACGUUUGCUUCGGCGACCACACGCAGCCCUGCGGCGGAGACGGCUGGGUCAUCAUCUUCGACACUCGAGUUGGUGCUUGUGGUGGAAACUACACCGCUCCAUCAGGAGUUGUCUACUCCCCCGACUUCCCCGACAAAUACAGUCCUGGCCGUGUUUGCUACUGGACCAUCAGGGUCCCCGGGUCCUUCGCCAUCCUCUUCAACUUCACCUUCUUCGACAUUUCCGAUCAGAGGGACAUGGUGGAGCUGCUGGAUGGUUACACCAACCGGGUGGUGGCGCGCUUCGACUGGCGCAGCCCCCCGCGCCAGCUGCUCAACGUCACGGGCGACUUCGUCAUACUCUACUUCUACUCGGACCGCACCAACCAGGCCCAGGGCUUCGCUCUGCUUUACCAAGCCCUGAGAAGCCAAGUCAACCUGACGGCGAAGGCUGCAGGGGACAAAGAGAGCGCCGUGUCCAGCACGGCGGGGCCGCGUCCGGCCGGCGCCGUCACAGAGCGGUCCAACAGCACCUCCAACGGACGGUCCUCCCAGAUCCUCUACGUGAUCACGUCCAGCCCCGGGAAGCCGGAGCACAACAUCCCAGGUCAGUGGGCUGGACGCGGCGAGACCACGGGCCACAACGCCAUGUGGACCAUCUACGCUCUGGCCGCCCUCCUCAUUCUCACUGUGGUCGCCAUGGUGGCAAAGCUCCUGCUGCACAUCACCGUCAAGUCUCCAAACAUCCCCACGGUGAGCGGCUCAGACAGCUGCAGCCAGAGCACCGCGUCCUCCGAGCCUUGGAUCAUCCUGUACCGUCCCUCCACCAUCUCCCUCUUCAAGAAGAAACUAAAGAACCACCACGGUGACCUCAGCCCUCUGGUGGGCAACUAGCGCCACUGCCGCCCUGCGCCAUUAACCAAACGCUGCCAUCAACCAUGACCACGCUGGCCCUCAGACUCAAACUCCACCAGCCUCUAUUAGGUCAUCAAAUGACAACGGACCGAGUCACUGCUACCGCGUGGCCCGCGCGUCCCAGUGGCCGAGCCUCUCGGACCCGUGGAGGAGGGAGGCAGCGGCCGCAGCGUGGGAACAGGCAGCGACAGUCGGCUGAAGCCAGAUCUGCAGCUCGGACACAGAUUCAAGGACGCUUCUCGUCUGCAGCGAGCUUCUCCUGUCCCAACGGGCUCCAUUUCCCUCAUCGUCAGAAGUCCAGUCAACAAACCUCCAGAAACCCGUCCGUGUGUGGGCUCGCUGCAUAGACAGCACAGCAGCCCAGCAGUCUGUACCGUCACCGUCUGUGUUCAGCUGAGGUUUAACUCGUCUCGGUGGCAACCAAAUCUUCAUCAGUAUCAAGGAGAAGAUGAAGCACUGGAGUCUUUACUACACACCCACAGACUGUAGCAGCUUUACAGUCUCCUUUAACUGCCUCAUACUGACUAUGAACACCUGCCAAAUACCAGAAUCAUCCCAUCCAAAGAGUACCUGUGUUUGCCCAUAUGCAAAGUGCUAAUGUUUGACCCGUUUGUAUGUGACAACUGUCCUUUUGGGAGGGAAGCAGGACACAAAUGCGACGCAGAAGGUAGAAAUCACAGCACUUCAGGGAUGAAUCAUCCCCGUAAAACGAGAUCAGAGCGCACUCGCCCACUCGCCGCCUCAGAGGGGGAUCGUGUGGAUUUGGGUGGAGGCAGACUAAGCUGCCUUUUAGGGCAGAUGUGAGGUUUGUUGUUUUUCGCCGGUCUGAUGCUGUUCAAGUGCCUUACGGAGCCACCUCUUCCCUCGGCUCUGAUCCCCGGCGUGUGUUUCUGGGUCCCUCUUAGCCGUUGUCUCCGAAUCAGUGGAUGCGGGAAGCUUCACUUUUCAAAUAGGGCAUCCACCAUUUACAUGUAACAUACAGUAGGAAAGGAUGCCAGAUUCUGUUUGGUGAUCGACAUGCUCAACACAACACCUCUUCAUACCGGAUGAUUUGUCUCAUAGUAAAAAGUAGCAUUCGUGAACCAGAGACUUUACGUGGUCAUGGACUUUAAAGGCUUUAAAGCAACUGUUCAUUUCUGGUUUCUUUGUGCACGGACAUUUACUGAACAUAUUGUUCACAUUAAGUUGUCUUUGGAUUACAGGGGGAUGAGCAUUGUUGUAUAUUGUGUAAUUCAGUGUGGGAAUGAUGAUAUUUAUGUCCCGCUCUUUCAUUUUGUGUCUCUGCGAAGCGUUUGAAAGACUCGUCAAAGUGUUUUUUGUUCUUAGCUUAAAAGUGGAACGCGGCCCUUUUUUUCUUUCUUCUUUCUCGCUUCUCUUUGCAGUAAAUUGCCUAAAAUCACAAGACACUGCAGGACCUGAAGCUUUUACCUGUCACCUUGAUUUCAGGCCAGAAGGUCGACUGCAAACACUAUACCCACACAGGAAUAUAUCAAAAGCACUCGAUGGCACUGCGCACAAGCUUGAAAGCACUUUUGUAGCUGUGAUGCUUUGAGUGCGUUGCUGUGACAUUUUAACUACUUGUGAAAGGUCAAAAUCUGCUGUUGUGCCACUGGAAUUGUAAUUGGUCUUCACUGCUUUGGGUCCAGACGUUAACUUGGAUUUCUCUGCAGAAAAUCUCCUUCAUAAGCUUCUGAUCACUGUCGGAAUAAACAAAGAAGAGCUUUGAAUGUUACUGCACUUAAACGAUCUGCCUAAAAGAUAAAACAGUACUUAUUCAAUUCUGCAAAACAACAACUGCACAUACUUUCCGCAACAACCUUAGCACUUGACAAACAAGGCUCUGCUACACAAAGUCAAAGGGUUUGUCGUUUUGGGGAGUCCGAUAAAGAAGCCUGUAAGAAUGUCGCCGUGUGCUCUCUUCUGCCUGUCCCCUCAACUGGAACUCAUGUUAAUUAUUGCCCCCAGGUUUGUGAUGUUCAGAGCAGGCCAAGCGUGGAUAGAUUGAGAAGAGAGAGCAGCGAUGUGACCGCGACACGAGUGUGUGGGUUCAAAUCAACGCCGCCUAACGAGAGCUGACAGUCAAAACCUACCAGGGCUGCGCUUGUUUGGAUUGCCUGGCUUCUUAUGCAAAGUACAGUUUUCUGUCCUGUCCUCCAGUGAGUGGGAAAAAUCCCUCCCUCGCUAUGUUCUAAGCGACAAUACGUUCAGAUUUUUAGUGAUGUGAAUGUGUGGUGAAGCUCUGCGCCAGAAGGGAGAGAACCGGACCAUGACCUGGAGGGUAAAAACAUUGUUUUCAUGGAAUUGUAAAUAGGAAACUAAAAUAGUGAAAUUCUUAAUUUAUACAGUAAAUUAUUGUUAUUUUGUACGUGAAUGGGACAUAAUCUAUCUUUUGUAUAAGUGAAGUACCUUUGUAGAUUUAUUUAAUGUGUCUUGGUUGCAAAUAAACUGUAUGCAUGUUUCUUAA